AUGGCGUCGACUGUAACUCUGCCGCAACAGCAAGCGUCUCAUUCACACCAAUUGCACCAGCAAGCCUCGAAUCCUCACCUUCAGAGACAGGAAUCCACUUCGUCACUUCAACAAUUAACAAUGCCAAUCGGCUCCCCUCCGGAUCACCUGCAGUAUUCCGCUCAACAGAACGGCCGGCCGGUAGACCACAGACGUCUAUCCAGCGGAAAUCAGCAUACCUUAAGCGGGCUUUCCGCACUUCAGAAUGGAGAAAUGAAUGGACUCCAGAUAAAUGGGGCAAAUGGCCAGAGCCAGCAGUUUGGCGGUCAAGUGCCACCCUUCGAUCCUGCUCGAAGCCCACCGAACAAAAGUACGAUAUCCCACCCAUAA